AUGAUGUCUCUCGCAAAAACUAUUACUUCAUUCUAUACAGCUAGAUUAAAAGGGGCUGACAGCCAACCAAAACAGGCUGUGGAUACCGUUCAAUCUCAAACAGAACAGACCAUUGCUUCUCUCGAUGCUGUUCAACCGGAUGCGUUUGGCGGAAAUGAGGUAGAGCGCCUCAAAAUACGAGCCGCAGCCCGUCGACUGCUUGCUAGAGUGGAGACGCCUUAUGAACGAGCCUGGGGUUUCUGCUUUGAACAACCGGUGGUCUUUGCCGCUCUGCAGAUAUGCAUUGACGUGGGCCUUUGGAGAUCAUGGACUAGCGUCGGAGGUGAGAAGUCUAUUGAUGACCUGGUCAGGUUGACCAGUCCAACUGUCGAUGCAAAUCUUCUCCGUCGACUGUUCCGGCUACUAGCGGCGUUCAAUGUGGUUGAGGAGACAUCCGAGGACAGGUUCAAGCCUACUCCAUUCUCGCUUGCCAUUGGUGAUGAGACCACCAAGGUCCGAGCUUCACUCCAAGCAGCAACAAACCAGUAUAUCGCAACCAGCAAAAGCUUGCCCACAUACCUUGCAAGCAUCUCGUACCACGAACCAACAAAUGUUGUCACAAAUAACCACUCAGUCGCAGAUCCCGAUGGCUUGAACUUCUUUGGUCGACUGCAGAAAAGCCCUGCUUGCUUUGAAGCAUUCACUGGGCACAUGGAAGCAUGGACAGCAUGGAAGACUCCUUGGACCAGAAUUGUUGACACAACUCAGCUGCUUGCAGGGGCCAAACUUGAUGAUGGCUCGCCCUUUGUAGUCGACGUUGGUGGUAAUACCGGGAUAGAUAUCUCACACGUCCUUGCUAAACACCCGAAAAUCCCUAGUGGAUCAUUGGUACUACAAGAUCUUCCCGAAAUCAUCGCUACCGCGCAAGUUGACAAGAAGAUCACUGCGAUGGCCCAUGACUUCUUCCUACCACAACCGAUCAAAGGGAGCCGUGCUUAUUUCAUGCAUGCCGUUCUUCACGAUUGGCCAGAUGACAAGGCGAGGGAAUUAUUGGCGAACACCCGAGAUGCCAUGACAAAAGGCUACUCUAAGCUCUUCGUCUAUGAUAUCGUCUUACCAUCCACAGGUGCAAGCAUUGCCCAAACAACAAUGGAUGUGCAGAUGAUGUCGUUGCUAUCGGCUUCUGAGCGAACUCAAGCGAACUGGAAUAACUUGUUGGCCAGUGCCGGAUUGAAGAUUGUUAAAUUUUGGCCUGACCCUCAGCAGUAUGAGAUGGUUAUCGAGGCUGAGAUUGCAUAA